AUGCUUGUAAACACAAUUCUUGUUGCGCUUUCUGCUGCCUCUCUCGCACUGGCGGGGACCCCCGUCGAGAGCGGAAACUGGGUGGAAGAUCACCCCGACUACUCUCAGCAGCAGUGCGCGGGCGGCAGAGUAAACGGCAACACCUUUUCCAUUCCCAAAUCUCCCAAUGGCGACACCAGCGGAUCCGGAUGCUCCAAUGGUCACCUUCGCGCCGAGCGCAGAUACAAGGACGACUACUCUUCCGGGGUUCACCAGUUUGGAGGCGAGUUCAAGAUCAACUCCAUGUCUGGCUCGCGCAUUUCCAUCAAGCAGACCUUCAAUGGCAACAGCGGCCCAUACUUCAUCAUGGGUGUCGAGCAAGGCGGCCGGCUAUACAAUGUCGAGGGGGGCAAGACCAUCGCCGACGGCGUCGCCAAGGUUGGCGCGACGGUCCGCAUCAACACGGUGCACAAUGCCAACAACCACCGCUUCAGCGUCUAUGUCAAUGGCAAGGAAAUGUUGCGCGACGAGAACGCGCCAGGCGGCAGCUUCUACGACAAGAUUGGCGCGUACGCGACCAACAGCGGUACGGGGGAUCUGAGCAUCACCUGGAACGACGUCCAGUUCUGGCACAAGUGA